CGCUCAAGGUUGGACACAACAACUCUUUCUCUCUCCUUCUCUCGGCUUUGUUGUAACCUUCAAAAAGGGACCAUCUAGAUCGGAUUUCUCAGUUAGUGUUUUGCACUCGUCCGACAAACACUCAGCUGAGCCCUGUAGUGUAGAGAACUCCGCAAUCCCGUCCAACAUGGUCCAUUAGGACAGUAUAAAAGUCUUCGUCGCAUAAACCGAUAGUGUGUGAAUGACAUUUUCAUCCUCACUGACCUCAGUGUUGCCCUGAGCUAUUGUCAGCAUUGAUCAGGGAAAGCGGAUUCAGAAGAGUGCAUGCGUGCGUGUGUACCACCAAGAUUAUCAGCAGAUCGUGCCAAAAGCCUCGUUCUGACUCCAUGCAGCUGACAGUGACACUCUGACAGAUGUUGGUCGUACUUGUAGCACUCUCUCCGAAGUUUCUGUGUGCUCUUCGAGUGGAUCUGUGGCAGAGACCGUGCGUGCUCCGGCUUGCAGCCGACUGGUCAGCUCCGCAUUGAGGUGCGAACUCUCGUCACGUCUGCUGGCGAGCGUGGAAGCAGUGUCGGGUCGGACACGCUGCUUCUUUUUCUGCGGUGCGCCGCUUCUUUCAGACUCAGGUAGGAGUGCGUUUCUUCCUUAUUCCUCUUUUGAAAAUGACAAUGGCGGGUUGCCGUGGUUUGCGCUGUCUCCUCAGCGCAAGAAUUUCUCAGUUCAACAAUUAGACCAAAUGCAGAAGGUGGGUGAGAUUGUCUCCAACCUGUUCAAGAUGAACGCAAAGAAAGCCCAGGAGCCCGCGCCUCCUCACGAUGAGAAAGCCCUGCAGAACUACUACGACUUCGAGAGUAGCAUUCGCACGGAUCGCAUCGACAGAGCGCUGCAUCUUAUCACCGUGCUCAAUGAGGAGGAGACCUCCACUGGCCUGUGGUACGCAGCAUUCUAUGGCAGGGACAAGCUAAUUCCGCCGCUCAUCACACGGCUUAAAGACUUUGGAACAAUCGAAGAGUUCCUGGAGAAGAAUAUCAUGGUGAAUCAGUCCAUCAGUGUGGCUGCGGAGAAAGGCAUGCUUGGAGCCAUCAAGCUACUGAUGGGGAUUGGUGCUUCACUGGAAACUCCCAACUCGGACAAGAUGACACCGCUGCACUGCGCCGCUGCACACAACCAUGCCGAGGUUGUGGGCUUCUGCCUGGAAGAGGGUGUCGAUCGGAACGCCAGGGACAGGCAUGGCAACUCAGCGUUCCACUACGCAGCCAAGCAAUUGACGUGUGCCACAGCAAGAGUUCUCUACAAGUUCAUUGACCAGAACUUCACCAGAUGUAUGGAACAAGAGCUGAAUGUGGAGAAUAAUGCUGGAUACACACCGUUGGACGAAGCCUUCAAGAACUGCUGCUUGAAAGUAGCGGAGUACUUGUGGAAGAAUGGCGCCAAGGUCAACCACGUCAAGAAGAUUAUGGACAGAGACAGAACGGGCCGCACAUCACUGCAUCUCUCAGUGUAUGAUGGCAACCUGGAGCUGGUCAAGUUCCUGUGCAAGAGCAAGGUUCCUCUGAACUUUAAAGAUGCGAAUGGGAACACUGCUUUGCACACGGCUGCACGCUUCAAUCACGAGGACAUCGUUGGUGUGCUUGUCGGGGCUGAUGUUGAUCUUGAGAUCAGGAAUGAGCAAGGCAACACAGCCCUUACUAUUGCUAGACAAUGCCAACACCACACCUGUGCUGACAUUAUCGCGCGAGCCACCAACCGCAAGCUUGUGUCAGUAUACGGAGUGUGCGACAGUGAAGAUAUCACCAUUGGCGUGGGUGGUGCACCCGGUGCAGGCAAGACUACCUUCAUCGACUCUUUCCAACGCUCCUACUUCUGGUCAAUCUUCACCAAUGAGAGCCGAGCGGACAAGGGAGCCACCGAGCUGUCGUCGCGUACGCGUGGAAUACGUGUUGAGCGCACCAGGGACCCGCUCGGCAGCCCAAACGUCUAUCACUUCCUGGAUUUCGGCGGCCACCAGGAGUACAUUCCGUCGCACAGUCUCUUCAUCAGCGAAAGCACAACGCCGGCAAUGGCCGUUUGCUUGGUGGACGCGCAGAAGACCUUUGAAACACUGAGUGAUGAAAUGGAGCUGUGGUGCGGAGUGUUCAUCAGCUGCCAUCGCCUGAAAGAAUCGAAACCGGAGAAGGACGAGAACGAGGAGCCGGAGGCAGAAGAGGGUGAAUUUGAUUACCUUGGCUGCAGAUAUGACAGCGACGAGGACUGCCCACCGCCGAAAAAGAAGGCCGAUGAGUCAGAAGAUGAGGAGAAGAGUGAGGACCCUGAUGAGGAUAAGACAGCCACCGAUUCGGACCCUGAGCCAAAACCCGCGGCAACUGCAGACGAGACGACAAACACCGAGGAUGAGGAUGCCAAGGACGGAGAAGAGGAGAAAACUGAAGAGGAGAAAGCCGAGGAGGAAGAGGCUGAAGCAGCUAAGAAGAAGAAGAAGGAAGAGGACGAUGCUCCUUUGAAGAUGCCAUUCCUCCUGGUUGUCAGUCGCCUCGACUCUGAACGUAUUCACGAACAGACCGAAGUAGUGCUAAGAGCUUACGGAAGGAUUGUUCGCAAGUUCCGCCAUCGGCUGGCAUUCGAAGCUGAACCCAUCUUCCUGGAUGCCCGCAAGUCACAAGCGAAUGGACUAAAGGAAGCGAGGGGACACAUUCAAAGACUUUCCUUGCAUCUUCUCAAGCAUACGGACAAGACCCCACGGCUUAUUCACGCCGUCAGGAAGGUUCUGCCAGACGUGCGCCGGAAGAUCGGCCGACCGUUCACGGACCGUGAAACGUUCAAGGAGACCCUGCUCACAGUUCUGGAGAACAAGAAGGCUGGCUUGCACAUUCGUACCGGCGUUGAGAUGCUGAUCGAUGCCGUGCUGCAGCUCCUGUCCUGUUGUGGCGAGGUUGUCGUCUUCAGUACCACUGAAGAUCUCAGACAUGUUGUGGUGCUGAGGGCUGAGUGGCUGUUAACCACCAUCGUGGGGCAUCUGUGCUCGCCGAAGAACUUCCCACGCGUUCUGAUCAGUUUUGAAGACCACGACUCCGCACGUGCCGACAAGAAAAAAGUGGAGAAGGUGCUUUCGUCCUGCGGCGGGCAUGGUGAUGUGAUUCUUCAGAUGUUGGAGAGCAUCGGGAUCUGCAUCAUCGAUGAGAACUGCGUCAUCCUGCCCAGUAAGCUGCCGGAGCGCAAGCUGAAGGAGGAGACUCAGAUCGGCCUGUGGAAGCGCGACGCUCGUCUGGUCACCUACUCUGGUGUGUACUACCAGUGCGACGAAGGGGUGCCCAUCUCACCCGGUGUGGCACCGCUCAUUCAGAUCCGCUGCUUCAAUCAGUUUGUCAGUCAGCACGGCAUGAGGUCCUACCUGUGGCGACAUGGCAUACGUGUGCAGCCCUACGGCAGUGAAGUUCAGGGCACGAUUGUCGUUGCUCCAAGUCGUCUCGGAGUGUACAUCGCCUGCCGUGGUCCGGUCAACAGUCAGCGUCAUCAGUUUGCACUCAUCCAGAUUCUCACCAAGAUUGUCCUUGCGGUCAUCGACCGGGUCAGUCCGGGCUCCAAUGUCCACCAGCUGAUACUGAGUCCCAACGAGCUACAACGUCUGGUCAGUGAGCAGAGCGCAGACUUCCCGCGUGUCUUCUACAAGCCAAAGAAGGUACAAGAGCUGAUGGACAUCGGCCAGCAGAUCAUUGCUGACGUUGAUGCAGCCGCCAAGCUUGGCAUCACUGACAGUGUGAUUGAUCUGCUUCACCUGCCCGAGAUGCACAUCCAUCUGAUGUCACCUGAAGGGCGCAAGGAACUGCUCGAAAUGCUCCUGCAGCCGUCACCGCGUCAUCCGCAGGUGGUCACUUGGACCAAUCUAGCGUACAAGCUGGGCUUCAACCGCCUGGAGAUUGAACAGAAGGCAACACUUCCCAAUCCGAUUGACGUUAUUUUGGAUGAGUGGGCACGCAAAGGAUAUAACCAGACCAUCGACGAGCUGAGACGCUUAUCGUCUGACGUCAACUAUGAAGUGUCACGGAUUCUCGAAGAUGAGAUGAGAAAGUCAUUCUGCGGUGAGUCAAACGUGUUCACGAUGCAGCGGCACUAUGACCGGCGCAAUCGUCAGCGACGACAACAGCUUGAGAACGUACGCCGCAUGUCAGAGGAGGCGCAGAAGAAUGAGGAAGAGGUGGGCAGGAAGGAGAGAGCAUCAGAUAAACGAGCGAAAGCAGGCAGACUAGCCAGCUCGUCAUCCGUUGAAACUGAGAAUGAGGAUGAUCCGUCGAAGAAGACUGAAGCCAGCGGGCGUCGGUGUGUGAAGUUUGGUGAGGUGCCUGAAGUGCUGACAUUUGAAAAGACGCCGGACACUGAGGACCCCGAUCGUGGUGUUCUGAGUACGGGAGUGGAUGCUGAACACCAUGGCAACGCAGCUGCAUGUUCCUCUGCUGCCACAGUCGUCCAGUCGGAAGCUUCCAAUCCUGCACUCUCGUCAGACCAUCAAACUAGCAAGAGCGAUGGAAGCAGUGUUGCUACCUUGGCAACUUUAGCACCGGCAACUGCGUCACCCGAAAUCCGUGGCAUUCUGAAAACGAAACCACUGUGGCAUGGUCCCGACCUCAUGGGUGAUGACAGUGUUGAGGAUGAAUGCGAACUGGAAACGCCAGAUACGCAUGGCACAGAGGAAAAACUCUCGGAUGAUGCAAAUGCUUGCGAGAGUCAACAACCGGAGUGUGAUGGCACCGAGCCUCUGGAUAAGCUGCCAGUCCGUGAAAGCAUGGAGGUUGAGUUGAUAGACUUGUCUUCGGGCGAGGUAGCCAGCCCGGAAAAGGAUGCCUGAUGUUUGUGAUGUCGCUCGACAAACAGACAAACUCAGUUUGCUUCUGUGACCUUGAAAAGUGAGACUACUUUUUCUCCUUUGGAACGUGGAGAUAUUCUUACUGAUCUAGGCUGUCUGUACGGCGUUGUUACCAGUGUGUUUUGUUAGAAAUUCUCUCCGAAAAAGAAACAAAUUAUGUCAAAUUUGCUAAAUAAAGUUACUUCUCUCUCCUAAACUUUCUCCUCUCUUCCCCUGGUUAUUUCUUAUUCUUUCUUCCUCACCCAUACAUGUACCUACAGAUGCAAAUGGAUUCCUUUUUGGAGAGUGAUUUCGCAUUCCGUACAGGUUAUGAUACAUAAACUCCAAACAGGUGCAGCCAAUUUUGUGGCUCCCCUUCUUUUGAUUACAUGCAAACUAUUUCCAAAAGCCUUGCAAUAGAGUAUUUACAUGCAAGUGUGGCAACACUUGGGACUUAUAAGCAUUCGUGACUGUCUUUUUUCUCCUGUAAAUCAUCCCUCCAUCCAGAAACGGUGCCCCUUUGUAUUCCUGAUUUUUACUAUUCGCAUUCUAGUGGCAAUUCAACAUUAAUUUCGAUAUUGACACAAUGAUAUUAUUAUAGCACAUGCAAGUAGCCUGUACAUGCAUCAUUGGUUUGGAUUUUGCAAUUCCCAUA